AUGGAACUACAAGAACCUCCGAAAGGAACUCAUCAGACAGUGACAGUGCCGGGUCCCUAUGCCCAUGUCCCGGCAACCAAUUUGACGAGAGUCGACAGUGGGUAUGGAGAAGCCUUGAAUGAAGUACUCCAUGCAUCAGCAGCCAUACAGACAUGCCCCAGUGACAAUGACAACGUUCACGGUGAGCCUGGGUCUGCCACCGAAGCGCAAAUGGAUACUCCAGGGACUAUACCGAAUAAUCCCCAGCGAUUCUCAGCAUUUACCAAACGCCAGAAGCUGUUCAUUGUGACAAUGGUAUCCCUGGCUUCAUUCUUUUCCCCGCUGUCCGGCCAAAUCUACUACCCCGUCAUGCCCACAUUGGUGCGAAACUACCACCUCACCACCGAGCUAAUCAACCUCACAAUCACAACCUACAUGGUCCUCCAAGGUCUCGCCCCAAGCUUUAUAGGCACAUUCGCCGACACCGGCGGCAGACGGCCUGCAUAUAUCAUCGCAUUCACAAUCUAUACUGCCGCCAACAUCGGGCUCGCACUGCAAAACAAUUUUGCGGCAUUGCUGGUCCUUCGCUGUCUCCAGAGCGCAGGGAGCAGCGGCACAGUGGCUUUCGGAUACGGUGUUGUAGCGGAUAUUUCAACUGCAGCAGAGCGGGGGAAGUAUAUCGGCCCCAUGGCUGCUGGGGUUAUGGUUGCGCCUGCGCUGGGUCCUGUUAUCGGUGGUCUGUUGGCGAAGUUUCUUGGCUGGCGCAGUGUCUUCUGGUUCCUGGUUAUCAUCAGUGGUGGGUAUCUGGUCUUUUAUGUGAUCUUUAUGCCAGAGACGGCGCGCAAAAUUGUGGGUAAUGGCAGUGCAGUGCCGGAUGAGUGGUGGCGCAGGUCUGUGAUUCAAUGGUGGUCGAAGAGACAGGCGCAGUCGGAUGAGGAAGGUCAAGCUGAUGCACGAGGACUUCAGCAACAGUCCCGGCAGACAAAGAGACUGAGCUUUCCGAAUCCGCUUAAGUCUUUUGUCAUUUUGUUGGAGUGGGAUGCUUUGAUUAUCAUCUCGUACGUCGGCAUGGUCAUGUUUGCAAAUGUUGUUCUGUUGACGAGUACUCCCAAUCUUUUCGGGCCGUUGUAUGGAUUCAACGAACUACAGAUUGGUCUCUGUUUCUUGCCGCUCGGAGUAAGCUCCUGCCUCGGUGCCAUUCUCUAUGGGAAAGUCAUCGACUACAAUUACAAACGGACGGCUGAAAAACUCGGCCUUCCAGUAGACCGAAAGAAAGGAGACGAUCUGCGCAGAUUCCCCAUCGAGCGCACUCGUCUACGGGCAGUAUUCCCCGUGAUGGCCGUCGGCAUUGCAGCUUUCAUCCCAUAUGGCUGGGUUCUGCAACAACGAGUACAUCUCGCUGCCCCCCUUGUGCUGCAGUUCAUCAUAGGGUUCUGCUUCAUCGCAUCUUUGAAUGGCCUCAAUACUCUCCUUGUCGACCUAUUCCCAGACAGGCCUGCUACAGCUGCGGCGGCGUGCAAUUUUGUUCGUUGCUGUCUCGGUGCCAUUGGCGCUGCGCUUGUUAGUCGGAUGCUGAGUGGGAUGGGGUGGGGUUGGUGCUUUGUUUUCCUGGGGCUGGUCAUGGGUGUUGGGAUGGGGUUGCUUUGGGUUGAGAUGGUGUAUGGAAUGGGUUGGAGAGAGAAGAGGUUGCUUAAGAUUGAACGGAAGAAUGCGGAGAAAGAGGCCGGGGCUUCGACUCAGAUACAGGCGGAGGGAAAGACUCAUGAGAGCGAAUUGAAGGAUAUCAAUAUUCGGGAAUCGGUCGCUGAUGCCGAGGCAGAGGUUGGGAGGAAUUGA